AUGGAGCUGAAGGUCUGGGUGGAUGGGAUCCAGAGGGUCGUGUGUGGAGUCUCGGAGCAAACCACCUGCCAAGAAGUGGUCAUCGCCCUAGCGCGGGCCAUUGGUCAGACGGGCCGCUAUGUGCUGGUGCAGAAGCUGCGGGAGAAGGAGCAUCAGCUGCUGCCUCUGGAGUGUCCCUUGGAGUCGCUGGCCAAGUGUGGGCAGUAUGCCAACGAUGUGCAGUUCAUCCUGCGGCGCACAGGCCCCAGCAUGGCCGAGCGACCCUCCUCAGAGGGCGCUCCCCAAGCUCCCGAGAGGACGUUCAUCCGGGCCAGCUUGCCCAUCAAGCCCAGGCUCACUGGCAUAGAUGGACCCCGUUCCAGGGAGCCAAAAAAAUCCAUGACCUUCAACCUGGGUCCUACAGGCUCCAGUGACCUGUUCACCGUGGGCCGAUGGAGGCACCAAACUCGGGAUGGGCUAGACUUGGAGAGUGGUGGUGUUGUCCAGCCCUCCAAGGAGGAGCUUUUUAGGAGAGUGCUGCAGCAGCAGGAGCAGCUGUAUUCCUUGGAGGCCCACGGGGACACCCUAGAAAUGGACCUACGGCUCUGGGAGCGCAGCCGGUUUGCUGGCCAGGAGAAUGAGAUCCUCUACCUGGAGCAACUGGUGCGGAGGAAUGAGACAGAGCUGGGUGAGGAGGAGUUUUGGCAGAGUGAGCUCCGGCUGGAAAAGGAGUGCGAGCGGGAGAGGCAGGAGCGGGUUAGGAGUCUUCGGGCCAGCCUGGAGGAGUACACCCAGAGGAUCUAUGAGCUGAGUGUCCGGACUGAAGCCCUGCAGGAGGAGAUCCAAUGGGAGAUGGCUGAGAGGGCCAAGAGGGGGAAGGAGAUCUCUAUGCCCAGCCCCAUAGAGCUGGAGGACAUGGCCACCAAAAUGAAAAGGGACCUGGAGGCCAAGGUCAAGCAAGGCACCCAACUGGAGAGCAACCUGGCCAGUGUGGAGAAGGCCCUGGAAGAAGCUGAAAAGAACCUGCAGGCUCAGACCCAAGAGCUGGAGGAGUUAAAUAAGGAGCUGAGGCAGUGUAAUUUGCAGCAGUUUAUUCAGCAGACAGGGGCCACGGUGACCGUCCUGCAGGCCAGGUCCGAGGAGGACGCCCAGCCGGAGCCGAGCCCGUGCGAGCUGCCAGCCUACCGGAGAAACGGAGGUUUUUCUCCCACCGCUGGUACCGACUUGCCUCCUCAGGUCAGCAGCAAGCAGCUCCUCAGCCAUCCCAGAACCCUGCCGGAGCCCCUGGUGUCCAGCCUGAACCCCGAGGUUGUAUCAACCAGGCAGAGCAUCUGGAGGUAGAAGGGCCCAGGCAGUGGAGGAUCAAUUGCCUUCAAAGUGUAAUUGUACAAAAAAACCCAUAUUAUAUAUAUAUAUAUAUAUCUACAUAUAUAUAUAUAUUUUAUAUUUUUUUUACUGCUUUAUAUUGUGAAUGGAUGUGUAUGGCCAGACAGAAUAUUUUUACAGACUGUAAAGUAAAACUAGAGACUGACAACACAAAGCAACCUUUGUCCCCUGAGGAUGAAAGAGAUUCCCUUCUAAUUUUUUUUAAGCAGUUUCUAUAUUGAACAGAAAACAGCGGUGCACUCAUUCUGCAUAGCCUCCUCAAAAGACCCAUCGUGCAUUUGAAAAAGUCUUUGUUCCUUUGACUAGGAGAGCAAAGCUGCAGUGGAGACCUGCAUGGAGGCUCACCUGGAUGGAGCAAGUUAACAGAUUUUACACCAACUCAUCACAGCAAAUGGGGCCAUAACAAACAGCCUCUUCACUGGUGGCAGGGGAGGCCCAAAAGCAGCUUUAAGACAAAGUUCUGGCUCCUCUUUUUUUAUGUAUAUUAUAAGAAAUCUGUAGGAGAAACUCACUUUCAAUGGUGCCACAGACCAUGCUUCAAGGAAGCACACAGUGGAAGGUUGUUUUUCUUAAAUUCAUUUAAUCUUUCAACUUCUUUCUAAAGUAAAAAAUUGCAGAAUGAGCCCUUCCCCGGUGGUGGUGGUGGUGUGAGUGGGGAACAGGACAAAAAUACUCUUGGUGACAUUUCCCUGAUUUUUUUUUUUUUUUUUUAACUUGAUGGCCAGUAGUUACCAUUUUGUCCAUCUGUCCUGGUGGGUCACCUUGUGUUUUAAUUGCAAAACCAAAGUGUUUGGGGGGGGGGGGGGAGGGAAAUGAGUUUGUCUGGGAGAUCCCUGAGCCUGUUUUCAACAUGUUGUAUGUGAAAAAUGUGACUUGGGCACAGCAUUACCGUAAAACUCUGCUUCCCCCGUGUGAAUGUAAAUCCCGUGCGCCGCAGAUCCCAUUUUCAAUAAAUCUUUGGGAAAGGAUUUGAGCAAAGUGAGUUGUGAGUGUGGUGUUGUGGCUGGGGUGAGCCAUCCCUGCCAGCACCUGCUUCAGUGCUAAAAGGACGCAUCCGAGCGGUUUGCGUACCCCACAGCUGCCUCUUCCAUUUCCAAGCCAUCUCUUUCUAUUUGUUGAAUUAAGGCUGUGAGUAUUUUAUUACCAACUGAAUCUUAUGCACACAGUGCUCUUUUCUGCCCGUUUUUUUUUUUUUUUUUUUUUUUGGUUAAUCAUGAAGCACUUAACAGCCAGCGGAUGCAGCUUGUCUCCGGUGAGUUGCGGCCAUCUCUGGGAUGAAACAUGGCAACAUUUUAAUAAUGCACAGCAGCAGCUCAGAGCAUUUUAGGACAGGAGGCAAAGGGGGUGGCGUUCACCUGCAGACAGGAGCAGAUAAGGGGAAAUUUCCCAUUUGCCUCCAAGCCCCUUUGUCUGCACCUGGAUAACAGCAGCCAGGAAUGACAGCUCUUGCUGUCCAUCACCGUCUCCCCUGAGCUUCUACUGGGCUCCGGUCCCCGGGGACAUCUUCCCCUCUCAAAGCUG